GUAAACACCGACAAGCCGAUUUUAUAAAACUCGAACGUUGAUCAGUGUUGUUCGAUCUUUUGACAGGAGGCACGAUUCCGUGUUUGAGGUGUAAAUGACACAGAUCUAACAGAACAGGUCAUGUCUACGAAAAAGGUAAAUGGAGUGCACACAGUGGACUUCACCACUCAGUCCUCCAUCAUGGAGACGAGGGGAUCGGUUAUCAGUGGUCACAAUGUGGUGUACUCUGUGGACGUGAGGAAGGGACCCUGCUGCUGUGGGCAGGUCACACAGAAACAAAUCCUUAAGGGAGUAGAUUGUAUAUUCAAACCUGGAAUGAAUGCCAUAUUGGGUCCAACAGGAAGUGGAAAGUCCUCACUUCUGGAUGUGUUGGCCGGUAGGAAAGACCCCAGCGGACUCCAAGGAGAGAUUCUGUUUGAUGGAGUUCCUCCCCCUGAAAAUUUUAAAUGCAUGGUUGGAUAUGUUGUACAAGAUGAUGUUGUCAUGGGAACAUUAACAGUCCGGGAAAAUUUCCAAUUCUCGGCAGCCCUUCGUUUGCCAUCAAACUUGACAAAGGCAGAUAGGGAUGAGCGAGUGAAUACAGUAAUACAAGAACUGGGCCUCUCCCACUGUGCGGACACAAAGGUAGGAAAUGAGUUUAUACGUGGAGUGUCAGGAGGAGAAAGGAAGAGGACCAACAUUGGAAUGGAGCUAAUUAUCUCCCCUCCUGUCCUGUUCCUUGACGAACCAACCACUGGGUUAGACGCCAACACUGCCAAUUCUGUCAUGUUGUUAUUGAGAAGGUUGGCAUUGAAGGGUCGGACUAUUAUCUUCUCUAUACACCAGCCCCGCUACUCUAUAUACAGACUUUUUGACACCCUUAUGAUGCUAUCCCUGGGAGAGGUUGUGUAUCACGGCCCGACGAAGGACUCCCUGGACUACUUCCACUCUAUAGGUUACACAAUACAGGAACAUAAUAACCCACCGGAUUUCUUCCUUGAUGUUAUCAGUGGAGACUUCAAUGUGGAUGUGGACACCUUAGAUCCAGAGAAAACUUCCACAGAUGAGGAGGAUGUUCAUGGUGCUCUUGUACAGAAAUUCAGACAAUCAAAUGUCAACGCAAAAGUUCAAAGUGAGGUGAAGGCUAUCUUUGAUGAAUAUCAGUCCAAAUUAACAAAGAAAGAGUUGGUAUCACUGCCACCUGUAGAAUACAACACAUCAUUCUUUACACAGCUUUUGAUCUGCUCAGGGAGAACCGUUAAGAAUAUAGCCAGGAAUCCCCAGACCUCCAUCAUGCAGCUGUUUGUGAUCCUAAUUUUUGCUGCCAUAGUUGGAGGGAUCUACUGGCAAAUAGAAAAUGACUGUAAAGCAGGGAUUCAGAACAGAGUUGGUGCUUUCUUUUUCAUUGUGAUGAACCAAGUGUUUGGAAAUCUAUCUGCAGUAGAAUUAUUUAUCAAGGAGAGGGCUAUAUUUAUGCAUGAGAACGUGAGUGGAUUUUACCGUGUGUCGGCUUACUUCUUCUCCAAGAUAUUCUGUGAUGUCAUUCCUAUGAGGUUGUUCCCUGUUGUCAUUUUUUCUGCUGUUACAUAUUUUAUGAUUGGUUUCACAGCAGAAGUGGACAAGUUCUUCAUCUACACCCUCAGUCUGUUUGCUGUUGCAAUGGCAGCCUCUGGUUUGGCUUUCUUCUUCAGCGCCCUGGUUAAGAUUUUCGCCAUUGCCAACUUGUGUAUUGCCUUAUGCUAUGUUUUUAUGAUGGUGUUCAGCGGUCUUCUGAUCAACAUAUCCUCUAUUGCGGAAUGGCUGAGGUGGAUCAAAUGGCUUAGCAUCUUCAGAUAUGGUCUCAAUGCUCUGAACAUCAAUGAGUUAAAAGACAAACACUUUGACAAUAGCACAGUGUGUGGGAACGAGUAUCUCAGUGAGCAGGGGAUCGAGUACGAGACAGACUUUGAUCUCUGGCAGAACAUCAUGGCUAUGUUAGUGUUUUCUGCCUUCUUUUUAAUCCUAACUUACGUAAGACUGGCCACAAUGAACAAGUUAAAAUAAUUCCCACAGAAGACCAAACAAUCAGGCUACGUAUAAAAGACCCAAAAAUGGACCAAAUGUCUGAAGGUGCAUUUAAAAAUGUGACUGUCAAAGAUUAUAAUGCGUGAUUAAGAGUCCCUGGUGAGAAUGUAAAAUAUCUUUGAUGUGCCAAUUCAUUUUUUAUCAAGCUCAUUUUUCUCUUUAAAGUGUUAUUUUAUCAUAAGAUAUGAGGAGCCAUAGAUCCAAACGGAUAUCUGUAGGAACAGAUUAUGUUUAGAUUAAUUUUAUGAAUAAUGAAGAUUUUAGUUUAGAAGUUAUAGUUUGAGGUUUUCAGACAAUCAGACUGGGUCAUUCAAUAUACAUAUGCAAAUACAUAUCAAGAAA